AUGGAGUUCAAUCUGCCCGAUGACAAGGCCGAGAAGGUCGUCCGCCAGGUCGAGUUCUACUUUUCCGACUCGAACCUGCCAAUGGACCGCUUCCUGCUGGAGCAAGUGGCAGCGGGCGAGGACGGGUGCGUCCCGAUCGAGACGAUCUGCCGCUUCAAGCGCAUGCGCGCGACGCUCGGCCUCAAGGCGGACGUGACCCCGGAGCGCGUCGUCACCGCCGUGGCCAAUGCGCUGUCAAAGUCCAAGGAGCUGAAGCUGUCGGAGGACCGCAAGUCCGUGGGGCGCGCGUCGGAGCUCGGCGACGUCGAGGCGAAGCGCAAGGACAUCGAGGAGCGCUCGUUCGUCGCGCACCCGUUCCCGUACGAGUCGACCAUCGAGGGCCUGCAGGCCUGGUUCCAGAGCCAGGGCCAGGAGGUGCUGUCGGUCCGACUGAAGCGCGCCAGGGCGCCCGAGGGCGGGGACUACUUCUCCGGCGUCGCCGUCGUCGAGUUCGCCUCGAUGGACGCGGCGAAGGCGGCGAUGGCGGCGAACCUGCACUACCAGGGCGCGCCGCUGACGUUCGAGACGGCCGCGGCGCACCAGGAGCGCGUGGUGGAGGAGGCCAAGGAGCGGGCCGCGCUGCCGCCGCUGCAGGAGCCCGCGGCGGGGCCCGCGGCGCGCACGCCCGCGCUGCAGGCGGGCACGGUGCUGCGCGUGGACUUCGGCGACGCGGACACCGCGGCGGUCAGCCGCGACGCGGUGCUGGAGGCGUUUGGGCGGCGCGACGGCGAGGACAUGCGGGAGUUCAAACGGGAGAAGGGAAUCGCCUUUGUGGAGUUCAACGGUGGGGACUCGGAGGCGCUCGUGCGGUUCCAGUCGCAGGGCGCCGCGGAGUCGGCGCUCGCGGCGUUCGAGGGCGGCGUCCUGAAGUGUGGGGACACCGAGGGCAAGGUGGCGGUGCUGGAGGGGGAGGACUUCGACAAGUACUGUCAGAAGGUGGCGCAGCUGAUGCGCGAGAAGAUGCAGCAGCGCCCUGGCCAGAAGCGCGGGCGCGAUUCGCACGGCGGCCGCGGCGGGCACCACGCCAAGCGGGGCCGCAGGUGA